UCAAGAACAACUGCUGGUCCGUUACAUACUCAAAUAUGACCACCAUGUCAAUUUAGUCUUCUCCUUCCUCCUCACCCGAAACAACCACAAAAAAUUAAUGGUCAGAAAAUGACCCUUGUGAGUAUAAACAAAACUUCACACCACAAGAAGAAGUGAUCAAGUUUAUGAAUUAAAGUGUGUUUUUUGUUUUUGUUUUCCUUCCUAUUUUAAUUUCAAAAUUCCAAGAAAGAGAGGCAAAAAUCAAUUUUUGUUUAAUCCAGAAAUUGUGCAGUAAUGGAGUCUGUGUACGUUUCAAGACACCACAAUCACCAAAUUGGAGCUAAUCAGUGUUCUUCUGCUCUUACUCAACACAUCAAAGCUCCGGUUGACCUUGUAUGGUCUUUGGUCCGAAGAUUUGAUGAACCUCAGAAGUAUAAGCCAUUUAUUAGCCGGUGUACUGCGAGUAAGGAGCUUAAGAUUGGGAGUGUAAGAGAAGUGAAUGUUAGAUCAGGUCUUCCUGCCACAACUAGCACUGAAAGAUUGGAGCUUCUUGAUGAUGAUGAGCAUAUUCUCAGCGUCAGAAUUGUCGAUGGUGAUCACAGGCUAAGGAAUUACUCCUCAAUCAUCACAGUUCACCCUGAGAUAAUCGAUGGGAAGAUGGGGACAUUAGUCGUAGAGUCGUUUGUAGUGGAUGUGCCAGAUGGGAACACUAGAGAAGAAACAUGCUACUUUAUUGAGGCUUUAAUCAACUGCAACCUGAAAUCAUUAGCUGAUGUUUCUGAGAGGAUGGCAAACGCUUGUUAGCUGGCACAGGGGAACUCUUCUCUUUUAAGGCUAAUAAUAGUACAAAUAUAUCGUGUUCGUUUGCUCGAAAUUGAUCCUUGAAGCUUUGAGGAGAAUGUCAUAGUCAAUUGUUUGCAUCCAUUUUUCACCAUGCUUUUGAUGCAGGAGUUGUAGCCUCCCAGGUUUCAUGAUCACUUUUAUUUUAUGUAAAGCUUGUUUUUAAAGCAAUCCUUGAUAGAACCUUUGCCUGUAUAUUUAAGUCUUUUCCAAAUGUUGUAGCUGUACAUAGUGCCAUACUGGAUGUGUGGUACGACCCGUUUGGUACUCGGUCAUAAACAACAAAUGGGACGUAGUUGUACUACUCUUUCAAGAGUGAUAUAUGUAGAGGCAAGUGUGAAUGUACCUUUAAAUUAUGGGGAAAAAAACAAAAUUGAAGUUUGUUUGUGUAA